CAAUCUUCUUAUAAAUGAGAGGCACUGAAGUCUGAGCAGUUUCCAGCUGAGGGAAAAUAACCAACAGCUUCUCCACAGUGUAGAUCAAAGCAGGGAAAACAUGAAUAUCACUAACUGUACCACAGAAGCCAGUGUGGCUGUGAGACCCAAGACCGUCACUGAGAAGAUGCUCAUUUCCAUGACUCUGGUGACCAUCACCACCCUGACCAUGUUGUUGAAUUUGGCCGUGAUCAUGGCCAUCUGUACCACCAAGAAGCUCCACCAGCCUGCCAACUACCUGAUCUGUUCUCUGGCCGUGACGGACCUCCUGGUGGCAGUGCUCGUCAUGCCCCUGAGCAUCAUGUACAUUGCCAUGGAAAGCUGGAAACUAGGGUACUUCAUCUGUGAGGUGUGGCUGAGUGUGGACAUGACCUGCUGCACCUGCUCCAUCCUCCAUCUCUGUGUGAUUGCCCUGGACAGGUACUGGGCCAUCACCAAUGCUAUUGAAUAUGCCAGGAAGAGGACGGCCAAGAGGGCUGGGCUGAUGAUCCUCACCGUCUGGACCAUCUCCAUCUUCAUCUCCAUGCCCCCUCUGUUCUGGAGGAGCCACCGCCAGCUGAGCCCACGCCCGAGUCAGUGCACAAUCCAGCAUGACCAUGUCAUCUACACCAUUUACUCCACACUGGGGGCAUUUUAUAUCCCCUUGACUUUGAUACUUAUUCUGUAUUACCGUAUUUAUCAUGCAGCCAAGAGCCUUUACCAGAAAAGAGGAUCAAGCCGGCACUUAAGCAACAGAAGCACAGAUAGCCAAAAUUCUUUUGCGAGUUGUAAACUUACACAGACUUUCUGUGUGUCUGAUUUCUCCACCUCAGACCCUACCACAGAGUUUGAGAAGAUCCACACCUCUAUCAGGAUCCCUUCCUUCGACAAUGAUCUAGAUCACCCUGGAGAACGGCAGCAAAUCUCUAGCACCAGGGAGCGCAAGGCAGCACGAAUCCUAGGACUGAUUUUGGGUGCAUUCAUUUUGUCAUGGCUGCCAUUUUUCAUCAAAGAGUUGAUUGUAGGUCUGAGCAUCUAUACAGUGUCCUCUGAAGUGGCUGAUUUUUUGACGUGGCUCGGUUAUGUUAACUCUCUGAUCAACCCUCUGCUCUACACAAGUUUUAAUGAAGACUUUAAGGUGGCUUUUAAAAAGCUCAUUAAGUGCCGAGAACAUACUUAG